GUAAUUUGGUUGAAAACUUGUUGAGUUCGAUGUGUGUGCUCUAAAAUAGCAAAUUCUCAAAUACCCACUGGAAUAUAUUCAAUCGAAUCGUCAAUCCAUCGAAACUGUAGAGAAAAGAAGUACACAAGAAGUACUCUGCUGCUGAUAAAGACAGACGAACCAGGAAGAGAAAGCCAUGGAAGGAGUAGAGGGGCAGAGCUCUACACCACCUGGUCGCUAUUCAUUCCCACCAUCUCGAUACUCUAGCGAAGACAUACUCUUCUGUAUCGAUGUCAGCUCUGAAUCGCUCGCUGAAAUGAAAGUUACUGGCCCCAGUGGCCGAUCCAUCACCAGAUUGGACUCUAUCAAACAAGCAAUCCUCGUCUUCAUCAAUGCCAAGCUCACCAUCAAUCCCGAUCACCGCUUCGCCUUUGCUUCCCUCGGCAAAUCGGCUUCUUGGCUUCGAAAAGAGUUCAGCAGUGAAGUUGAGUCUGCGAUGGCUGCAUUUCGGGGGCUGUCAGUAGAUUCAUCUUCUGGUCAUGCAGAUCUCACCCAGCUAUUCCGAAUUGCAGCUCAUGAAGCAAAGAAAUCCCGUGCUCAGAAUCGGAUUCUUAGAGUUAUCCUAAUCUACUGCAGAUCAUCUGUACAACCACAACAUCAAUGGACUGCAAACCAGAAACUCUUUACUUUGGACGUGGUUUGCCUUCACGACAAGCCUGGACCUGACAACUGUCCCCAAAAAGUUUAUGACGCGCUCGUUGAUGCCCUAGAAAAUGUUACCGAGUACGAAGGCUACAUCUUGGAGAGUGGGCAGGGGCUAUCGCGUGUUCUCUUCCGUCACAUGUGCGUACUUUUGUCACACCCUCAACAACGUUGUCUGCAAGAUAACAUCGAUAUUCCCAAGUCCCUCAUGAAAAAGUCGCCCACGGCUGACUCAGCAACAGCGGUUGAAGAAAGUGUUCUGGUGUCGAGCCAGUGAAAACAUCAACGGUUGAAAAAUGUUGUUGGUUUGGAUGGCUUGGUUUCAUUUCUGUGAUGCUCCUAGGUUUAGAAGCAAUAUGCUGCUGUAAUUUUAUGAGUGUACAACAUUGUUUCGUCUGUGUAUGAAUAUGUAGAAUGUAUAGACACAUAUUUUUUUUUUAGUCAUGGAAAACUGGAAUGGAUUUUCAAAUCUGAGUCUAGUUUGUUGCUUUCAA